AUGGGUCCGCUGCUCUACAACAUGAAGGACAUGAAAGUCAGGAACCUGGUGCACCACAAGGUGGUUCCCCAGUGGAACCACCUGGAUUUCCUACUGGGGCUCAAUGCAACUGAGGUUUUGUACCAGGAAAUCAUCGACAUGAUGAAGAGGGGAAGACCACCAAGGCAUGUGGUCAAAAGAAAACAGCAGCUGCUGGUGGCCCUGUGCCUGGCCCAGGGGCUGGGCGACACCAUCGCAUGCACGGGAGUGAGCCAUGACAACCCCGAGCAGUUCAUGAACAUCAGCCAGAUAAUCCGUUUCCACGGAUAUCGCAGUGAGGACCACCAAGUCCUGAUGGACGAUGGCUACUUCCUGACUGUGAACCGGAUUCCUGGUGGCAGAGAGGAGGCUGGAAGCAAAGGAUCCAGGUUACCUGUGUUGCUCCAGCAUGGCUUGGUUUUAGAUGGUAGCAAUUGGGUUUCCCAUUUCCCCAACAGCAGCCUGGGCUUCAACCUCAUGGACACGGGGUACAAUGUCUGGAUAGGGAACAGCUGGUCCCGACGGCACCUGAACCUUUCUGUCGACCAAGAGGAGUUUUGGGAUUUCAGCUUCCACGAGAUGGCCAUGUACGACCUCCCCGCCAUGGUGGGCUUCAUCCUAAGGCAAACCAGGCAGGAGAAACUGUUCUACGUCGGCCACACACGCACUCAGGGCAAGUCUCUGGGUUUCAUAGCGUUUUCAAGCAUGACACAGCUGGCUGAGAAUAUCAAAAUGUUCUUUGUGGUGGGUCCUGCCUACACUUUACAUAUGGAUAAAGGUCCAGUAUUAAGCCUUUUCUAUCUUCCUGGUGCAAUAAUUAAGGUGAUUUUUGGAAGGAAAGAAGCUCUGCUGGGAUGGGAGCAGAGAGCAGCACUUGCCAGGGUGUGCAGCUGCUGGCUGCUUGGCAGGGUCUGUGCAGACAGGCUUUUCCUCGGUGGUGGAUUUAACGAGAACUUGAACAUGAGCAUGUUGGAUGUGUACCUAUCGCAUUUCCCAGACUACACAUCCACUAAAAACCUCCUCCACUGGGGCCAGACUGCCAAAACUGAGAAGUUCAAGCAGUUUGACUAUGGGAAGAAGAACAAGGAGAAGUACAACCAGACUUCGCCGCCCUUUUACAGGGUAGAACACAUGAUGAUGCCGACCACCCUGUGGAGUGGCAGGGAGGACCGUGUUACCUCUACUACAGAGGCCCAGUGCUUGCUCCCCUGCAUCACCAACCUUGUUCGUCACGAACACUUCCCUGACUGGAACUGCUGGGAUCACAUCUGGGGCCUGGACACCCCUCAGCACAUGUACAGGCAGAUGGUCGCUCUGAUAAUCCAUGAACGCCUGGUUAAUCAGAUGGAGACCAGUCAGACCACAUAG